UCUGAUUGCAGAGCUCCAUCAAAGUCUAACUUCUUCUGGAAGCAGCCAGAUGGCAAAAAAGAAUGGGUUUUCUGUGGAUCAGCUCUGUCGUCUAAGAAUUCCAGAACAGGAUAAUCUGAUAUUUACCUUGUCCUUGUAAGAAGUAGAUAUUUUUGUUGAUAGGUUGUGACCAUCACAAAGAGUUAUGCUUUGUGUAUAAGAUGGAUGAUGAUUUUGCCACUCAUAAAUUUGGUCCUUUUGACAAAAGCUCUUCCCUGAUAUUCAUUGUGCCACUAAUGUAGUUUCUUUUGGUUGAGUUUGCAAGCAUGAUUGGUGCAAGUGUGACAAAGUUUUGAAGUCCACACGUCAUUGCAGCUACAGAUGCGAAUGGUGCAGGCACUAGAACCCUUAAAGUUCUCAUGGCCGUUUCAAAUGGGAAGCGGGUUCUUAAACCGGGUUUCUUCAUACGUGGAUGUCAUGAUGGCCCUAAAACUGGCAGACUUAGGGUAUUAAAUAACGAACCAAAGCUCUUUCAUGGCUUUAACUUUUAUUGUGGGUGACUUUGUAUCUGCUUACAAGCAAGAUCUUAUAAAUUUGGUAGUUGCAGCAGAAGGUAUAGUUUCGACUAUUAGUGAGGAACUACUAGGAUGGUAAUACUCAUGACCAGGCAGCAGCUCUAUCAAGUAGAGUUGUGGUGUAUAACCUUGAUCCCCCGGAGGGAUCUGAAUUAGAAGAAGAAGUUUCAAUUAUGUGGCAGAGAAUUAACGAAGCGCAAGAGUUGGCUACUAAAAUUGGAGGACAAGUCACUGGUCACACAUGGCUUUUGGAAUCAAUUGCAGCGUAUAAAUUGAAACUUUUAGGACCAAGCCUUGUCUGCAGCUAAUAGGUUUAUGCUUGUCUAACUUGAAAACCCUGUCACUUCUUUGCUAAUUGAUUACAUAUAUCUACAUAUAUCCGUAGUUUAGAUUAGAAUAUUGUAUGAAUCCUUUGAAAUGGAUAAUGAAGCGAAAUUUUUUUG